AUGCAACAAACUCAUGUACUAUCCGAAACUCCUAAGUUUAUUCUGAAGAAUUUAAACACAAUUAAACAUAAUAAUAAUACUUUAGUGCAGAAAAUUAUCAAGAAUAAAGCUAAUUAUAAAGCUUAUACUGAGUUUUUCACUAAAUAUGAUACAUUUUUAAUGUUCACAAUCAAGCCGGACACUCAUUUAUAUAGUAAAAGCGAACUAAAAUACAACUGGUUGAAUUUCACCCAGGUACUAAAAAGUCAAGGAAUUUUAUCCUCAAGAUGUUCUACAAUGAUUCUACAGGAACCUAUCAAUAAGAGAAUGAUGAACAGUGUGAUGAAAACAGAUAUCUGUGUUGGUAAUUCUGAAAAUAGUUUUCAUGGAAUUUUCCAAAAUACCGAUAAGAUAACUAAUAUUCAAACGAUCCUCAAAAUAACCGAAGAACAUAAUUUUAAUUUUCAAAUGCAUGCCCUUGGAUUUCAGAUCAGCUCUUCAAAUACUAGUAGUGAGAUAUUAAAUUUUAUUUCGAAGAUCCAACCGUUUAUUCAAAGGAAUAAUGAAAAAUAUAAAAAUCUUUCGUAUUCGAAAUUAUUAUCAUUAGCAGAACAUGGAAAUCCGCAGAAUGAAGAAUUUAUUAAUAAUAAAGGUCGGAACCAUGAUGAUAUUUGCACUUCCGCUGAAUCUAUCACCCCAGUAUUGCAAGCUCUAGCAAGUCAUCAUUUAUUGUUUCCUAGAGUAAUAAGAAAUUCUUCAUAUCUUAUAUUUAGCAAAAUAGAUCCUGAUAUUGGUAUUUUAAAAUCAAAAACUAACGCACGGAUAGCAGAAUCAAAAUCUAUAUGA